UAAUAUUUGUUUCGAAAAUGUAAUGUAUUCUGCAAAAACACAUUCGUGCAAUGUUGUAAACUGGUAAGAGAAAAAAAAAAAAAUGAAUCUUUUCACAAUUACGGAAUUACCUGUUUUUAUUUCCCGCCGAGUACGUAACCAAAUACGGUUGAUUUCUGAUUACUAACAUAGACCAAGAAAAAAAAGGAGAAUUCACUGAUUUACCUCCAAAUCUGAAUUCCAUGGCUUGGCGCCUCUUCUUCUCCAAAAUUACAAAUUCCAAAGCCCUAACUUCACUUCAAUUCCAAAACCCUAACCCGAGCCUAAACCCCUUCACUCUUCUCUUCAUUUCCCCAUUCUCCACCUCCUUCCUUGUUACCAAAAUCCCCAAAAAGUACAAGAAAAAACGCAAAAAACCCGAUUCCCCACGCACCAAACCCGUUCAGCAUCCCUCCACGCGAAAUCCCCAUUUUGAAUCCCUUGUCGAGCGCGACUCUUACUUCAGAUUCCUCACUAAAUCCAAGCAAUUCCUCUCCCAGCAACCAGAGCACGUCCUCCGCCUUGAUGACGCUGGCAAGCUUUAUCGAGAGCUUGGCUUUUCACGUGGCCGCAAAGUCACCCGCUUUAUUCAGCGCCACCCGCUCAUCUUCCAAACUUAUCGGCACACCGAUAACAAAAUGUGGCUCGGAUUCACUGAUUUCAUGGAAGAAUUGCUCGAGGAAGAAAGAGCAAUAAUGGAUUCGAUGGAGAGCGAUCGGGUUAAUAAGGUGCUGAAGUUGCUAAUGAUAUCUAAGAAAAAGCGGAUUCCUUUGAGUAAGAUUCAUCAUUGCCGUUUUUUGUUUGGCAUUCCUGAUGAUUUUAGAGAUAGAGUGGUUCAAUACCCUGAUUAUUUUAGAAUUGUGGUUGGGGAUGAUGGCAAUAGAGUGUUGGAAUUAGUUAAUUGGGAUCCAAGUUUGGCUGUAAGUGAAUUGGAGAAAGAGUUCAUGGUCAAUGAGGAUAAGGCUAAAAGGGCAUUUAAGUUCCCAUUGAAGCACGCAAAGGAUUUAGAUUUGGACGAGGAGGAUAAAAGGAAGCUGAAUUUCUUUACUACCUUACCAUUGGUUUCCCCUUAUAGUGAUGGGGAAAGAUUGGAACUUUGGAGUUUGGAGGCUGAGAAGUAUAGGGUUGGGGUUUUGCAUGAGUUUCUAAGCCUGACUUUGGAGAAAAGGGCAUCUAUACAUCACAUUGUGGAGUUUAAGGAGGAAUUUUGUUUGACUAGGCAUACAUAUGAUAUGCUUAAGAGGCAGCCCCGGACAUUUUAUCUUGCUGGUACAGAGAUGAACUGGGUUGUGUUUUUGAAAGAUGCUUAUGAUGAGAGUGGGAAUUUGAUUAAUAAGGAUCCACAAGUGAUUUUCAAUGAGAAGCUCUAUAAAUAUGCUCAAAUGAAGGAAGAGGAAUUGGAUUAUAGUUUGAGAGGGAAAUGAUGUAGAAAUUUAUUUUUCUUUUGUGAGCAUAGUUGGCACAUUUAUAAUAUGCAAAAGGUCUCUGAGAUGGGAGGGAAAAGUUUAUUUGGUUCUGGACUACUGAGUGAUCGGAAAUUAGAAAGCAGUGGUAAAAAUGGAACAUGAUAAGUUUGUCAGAUGCAGCUUGCUGCCUCUGGUGUCAAUACUGUUCUGAGAACAUGUUUGAUCACAUCAUGGCUCUAUGAUGGAUGUAAAAGAGGUUCUCACGUGCAGUUAAAAUAAGAAAGCUGUAAUUAUAACUAUCUCUUUGUUUUCCAUUGUAUGUACUUCCAAGUUGUUUAUCUUUGUCAUGAUACAGAACUAGUCCUUGAAUUGUUGUUACUAUGGGUAUUAAGCAGAAGCUGGAUGAUCUUGAUUUUAGCUCUUAGCAAUAAUUGAAGGUGUUUUUUAUGUGUAAAAUAUUUAACAAUACCCCCUCCCCUCCUUUCCAUCCUCUUCUCCCAUGUGGGAAACAUUGUAAACAGCAUUGUUGAUUAGUUCAAGUAUACUUUUUUGUUUGACA